GAAGUCACGUCCGAUAUGUGUGGAUGUGUAUGGGGCCUCUCCAUUUGGAUGUGGGAGCGAAUCCCGGUGGCCCGUCCGGAGAAGCUGCGCUCGCGUGCAUGGACGGACUAUGGCCAAGAUGACGAAGAUGAUCGGAACCCGACCGUCGCAUACGCUUGGGACGUGGUGCGUGUCUACACGGGCGAAUCGAAGGCCUUGUACAAGGUCUUCAGCAACGAGCUUGAUGCUCUCACGCCUUUCCAGGUAUAAGAACUACAUUUUCACUUGAGCUUACCAUUGUUUCGAUAACACUUUCACUUGAGCCUAACAUUGUUUGGUUAUAGGUUACUUGGCGGCCGUAUAGUGAUGAUCGAGAGUGGGGGUUCGAGCUGAACAGCAUGUGCAAGCAGGACCGGCUUCUCUUCCGGUGCAUCGUGCCCAUGAUUUGUGUCUAUGCCGUGGAGUACCACUUGCCACAGCGCGUUGCCGCACAAUUUGGUAAGGCACAACACACACCACCAGCCGGCCACGAUACCGGUGGCUACGACCUACACCUGAUGAGCAGGCAGAAGAAUCAAUCAAUCACGGAUUGGGAAGCCGAACAUGCGAGAUACGUGAAGGAAUGGAACGAGUGGAAAGGACGCAAAGACACGGAGAGGAGAGUGAUUGACUGGGACGAGUACGAGGAUCACAUGCUGUGGUACGAUGAUGGCAUCAAGCAUCGUCUGCGUCUGAGGUCCCAGUGGACGACAGCAGAUGCCAAAGACCUGUUCGAUGACGCCUCAAAGAAUGAAGCCUACAACGAGAGCAUCAUACAGCUUCAAGGCGGAUUUAGGGAGUACGGACCCCUCAUGAACAGAGUGGUAUGUUGUUUUUACCUCUUUUGAACCGACGGUUGGAUGAAAUCAGCUUUUCGUGCUAUUGACUCAUUUUAUUACUUUGCAGUCUUCGGAGCUGAACAAAAGCAUUUUUGAUGCCUCUGAUGCGCUUAGUGAUGUCCCUGGGACUUGAGAUAGUGAGAACAAGUU